UCAGCACCGACACGCAAGAGCAAGCAACAGAGAGGAGGAACUCCGCUACUCGAUAAUUCAAGAGUUAUCUCUGGAUCGAUCGAGAUUGAUCAUGGAGGUUUGCAGUAAUCUUGAAGGCGCCACGGAGACUCACCAGCAGCAGGACGACCCAAGGACGUUGCUCACGUACCUGACCUUCCUGGAGCAGAAGAUCGCGCACCUCCGCGGCAUCAUCUGCUCGGCGCCGCGGCCGCCGCGGCAGAUCGUGUCUGCCGAGCUCAGCUGCAUCGCCGUGCAGCUCGUCUCCAUCUCCAAAAGCCUCGCCGCGGCCAGCGGGGCCACGGCGGAGGAGGCCGCGGCGUCUCCGAACGAAGGGGACAGCGAUUCGUCCGACCGCGACCUCCACGCCGAGGAGGACGACGACGACCGCCUGCCACCGGCCGGCUCCUACGAGGUGAUCGAGCUCGGCAAGGAGGAGAUCCUGGCGCCGCACGUGCACUCGUGCAAGGUCUGCGGCAAGGGCUUCAAGCGCGACGCUAACCUGCGCAUGCACAUGCGCGGCCACGGCGAGGAGUACAAGACGGCGGCCGCGCUCGCCAAGCCCGCCACCGGCAGGGACGCGCCGCCGCCGCCGGGGGCGGCGGCCCGGUGCCUCUACUCGUGCCCCUUCGUGGGGUGCAAGCGGAACAGGGAGCACCGGAGCUUCCAGCCGCUCAAGACGGCCGUCUGCGUGAAGAACCACUACCGGCGGAGCCACUGCGACAAGAGCUACACCUGCCGAAGGUGCAACGUCAAGCGCUUCUCCGUGCUCGCCGACCUCCGCACGCACGAGAAGCACUGCGGCCGCGACCGCUGGGUCUGCUCCUGCGGCACCUCCUUCUCCAGGAAGGACAAGCUCUUCGGCCAUGUCGCCGCCUUCGACGGCCACGCGCCGGCGCUGCCGCCCGAGGAGGACGAUCACUCCGCUGCCAAUGGUCAUGGCAGUGCCUCUGAUCAGCUGCUGAUGGACACUGAGGCCGUAAGCAGAAUGGCGAGCACGGAGUGCUUCUCAGACAGCAUGUUUGAUGGUCUUAGCUGUUCUGACAUCAAAGGCUUCGCUCUCAACGUCGAUGGACAAUGUUUGGACGAGGGGCGAGGGUCCCUCUCGCCGAUGGACCUUUAUUCCUGUGACUAUCCAGGGUUUGAUCUCUUCGGGGCACCAGGAAUUGCAGAUUUCUAAAACCUGAACCUGAAGGGGUUUAUCCACGGAGAAAGAGAAAACGGUGAAUAGUUUCAGACUUGUCCUUAGUCAACUGGCAGUAGCCUGUAGAAGAAUUAGGAAAGUGUGCACUGAAACAUAUCCAAAUGCAAAUUGUUUUUCCCUUUCUUAGGGAAUUCACAACUCCAACUGAUAGGGCAUUGCAAAUGGAUAGUAGAUUUUUUGAUCAAUUUAUUUCAAUGCAACUUUUAAAAAGGAUCUUGUAAAUUUUGCACACAACAGCACAAAACAGAUUAUAAGCUCGAAGAAGUAUAAAGAAGUCGUUCA